CUUGGAACAGUUCAGCCAUCCUGAGGCUGGGGUGGAUAUCGCCCAGACCUCUUUUAUGUGUAGAGAAGAGGAAAACAUCUGAUGUGGAUCCCGGGCGAUGGACGCACUGUGCUGACGUUUCUACCAAAAAAGUGGAAUUAAUUAAAAAAAAAUAAUAAUAAUUUUUUUCUCCGUAUUCUUCGAUUAGAGCCAGAAUCUCAAAGCUUGCCACUAAAAGUUUGGAAACUUGGCCAGAAGAAUUACAAAGUUUAGGUAAAAGUUUUGGGAAGCGCUGAAACUGUGUCGGAAAUGUCAGAGCCAGAGAAGAUCGAAAACAUUCCUGCCGAGUCUGCAGGAAAAGGAAUUCCAAACGGAGGGAAUCCUCCAAAAACCAAAGAGGAUUUUGAUCUUGCUGCCAUUUAUGUGUCAGAUGCCCAGUACAACAGAAACAUCUACUUUGACACGUCCCCCCAGGCUGUCAGGUUGUAUCAGCUCUACAAUCACUGGGCCCUGAAGGUGAUCCUCUACUUCUUCAUCCUGGUCAAUCUGUCUUUGGCCAUCUUCGAGGAACCGGCUGUCCUCCCUCUGCCAAUAUGGGCCACAAUGCUGGUGGAGCUGCUCUGUCUGCUUGUCUUCGCCUUUCGACUUGUUCAUUACGCCAAGGUGAUUCCUCGAGAUAAGUUCUGGAAGGACCCCAAAAAUAUCUGCAUCAUCGUCAUCCUCACGCUCACGAUGAUUGAUAUGAUCAUCUAUGGAGCGCUAAAAACUGCAAACUGUUACAGUGUCCGCUGGUCAAGACUCCUGCGGCCUCUCCUGUUGGUCAAUGUGACAGAGGGACGGCAGCUCCGCAGAGCGUUCAGAAGCAUCCGGAAUGCUUUGCCUCAGAUCUUCUAUGUCUUCCUGCUCUUCAUGUUCAGCGUCCUCAUGUUCUCCCUCAUGGCCCUCAAGCUGCUGGGCAAACGAAAUCUGAAGACCAUAGAUGGGCAACCAUACUUCAACAACUACAUGGACAUUGUCUUUGAUCUGUACGUCCUGGUCACGACGGCCAACAGCCCUGACAUCAUGAUGCCUGCUUACAACGCCAGCUCUUUUUUCACCAUCUUCUUCAUCUUGUACAUCGUCAUCAACACAUACAUCUUCAUGUCCGUCUUCUUGGCCGUUGUUUACAACAAUUACAAGAAAUACCUGAAGGAGGAGGUACAGCAGCUGGUGAGGGCCAAACGGCACAAGAUGGUGCGAGCAUUCGCUGUUCUGCAGGAGGUCAAGGAAGAAGACAGCCAGCCUGUGGUGACCCAUGCCAACUGGAACCAGCUCAUUCGACUGGUCCAUCCUAACAUGACCAAUGCUCACAGAGAGCUUCUGUGGAGCGUCUCAGACGACAAGAACCAAGGCUUCAUCGGCAAAGUGGCAUUUGUCCAGCUGGCCGACCUCCUGAACAUUGAGGUGAUCACUCUCAAGUCAAGACCGCAUCCAUUUGAAGGUCUGUUGCCCAACCUAUACCAGUCGGCUCCCAGUCGCUUUCUCUGCAAAGUGGUCAAACACCGGGGCUUUGUGAUGGCUUUUGACCUGAUCAUCCUGGUGAAUGCUGUGUUCAUAGGCCUGGAUGAGAAGAACCCGUUGAUCUCAAACUCAGAAUGGGUUUUUCUGGCUCUCUAUUUGCUUGAGAUCCUGUUGAAACUUUAUGUGUUUGAGCCCAGGGCGUUCUUCUCCAAACACAGCUUCUGGAACUGGUUUGACACCAUCAUCGUCAUUUCUGCUCUUAUUGCCACGAUCAUCAAUUCCUCCUUGAAGUCGUCGGGAGGAUACACCACCCGACAGAUCCUUGACAUUGUCUUCAUCCUGCGAGUCCUCAGGCUAAUCCGGGUGGUGGACAACAUCAAAAGGUUUCAGACAAUCAUCAAUACCCUGAUCAGAAUUGGACCAGCGAUCCUCACGUUCGGCCAGCUGAUCAUUGUUGUGUACUACAUCUUUGCCAUGGUAGGGAUGGAGCUCUUUAAGGACAAAGUGAAGUUUUACAAAGACCCCAGCAACCCAGCAGCGGCGUACUGUGGUGACCCUCGGCUGAACGAUACACCCUUUGCGCAGCUCAACUACUGCAAGAACAACUUCAACGACGUGAUGUCCUCCUUCAUCCUACUGGUGGAGCUCACUGUGGUCAACCAGUGGCACGUCCUCAGCAGUGGUUUUGUCGCCGUCACCCACGUUUCAGCCAGGAUCUUUUUUGUACUUUUCCACAUUGUGGUAGUCAUCAUCAUCAUUAAUAUCUUUGUGGCGUUUGUCCUUGAGGCGUUCUUUGUGGAGUACUCUGUGGAUAAAAGUGACCUGCAGACCUCUCUAGAGAAGAAGAUAGAGGAACUGGAGCUAGCUAUAGCACAGGAGAAGAUGGAGGACAACUUGGUGAAUGCCAUGGAAACCGUUGACAACGACUUGGGAAACAGCCAGACAGCAAAACCAAACUUGCCGACGCUGAUGUUUAAAAUUGCUUCAAAAAGAUACCGGACAGUGGACGCUUUGUUGCAGCGAAUGUUUGAGGCAGAUCUCAAACCUGAAGACUUCGCUGAGACUGACGACCCUGAAGCUCAGAGCUCUGGGAAUUUUGCAAACCCAACAUUCAGCUCUGCAUGACCAUUCAUAUGCAAAAGUGUGCAUUUGUUUGUGUGUAUAUAUAAAUAUAUAAAGGGAAACAGAUUCUAUCAUUUAUAUACAUACAGUUCUGGCACAAAUUGUGCAGAAUUGUCGAGAUCGGGUGUUUAUCCAGUGCAGUGUGUCAACUGUUUGAUCAGGUCAUGAUCAGUGUCAUAUCCAGUAUUAUAUUUUUAUAUUUCUGUCUUGCAGCUCUGUGUAGACACACAAAUGAAAUCAGUAUUUUCACAUAAAGACUAUUUACGCUAA